GUCGUCUCGAUAUCUCGCACACACAGUGGAUCGAGAAGUGCUCGGCACUACAAAAAUAAGCAGCUGAUUUUGUCAACUAAGUUGUGUCACUUUCCUCUAAUGUGGUAUAAAUGUGCUACAUUUACACAUGGUCCACCCUACUCAGUCCUCCUUGCAAAAUUGUUAGAACGACUGUGUAAGAAUGGAAGACAACUUUGACCAUCACCAUAUCGACGUGACGUCACCCAUGAUGGAAACGGCUCGUGAAGCUCGAUCAUCGUCUGCUUCUCUGAACACGACAACGAAAAGUGUGUCAACCUCCUCGUCCACAAGGAGCUUACAAUCCAAAUCCUCGGAUGGAGACGAGAUAGACUGUAUACCAGAGAGUAGUGCCUUAAUGACCACAGGCUCGGGUACACCACCCAGGCCUAAGAAUCUUCCUUCCAGGCUACAGGGGGCUUCUUCAGGGGGGCCUGUUGAUGGACUACGGGAUGGAGCCACCAGACAUAAUAGCCUGGGGGUAGGAACGUGUGUGAAUGUAACAGUUCAAGAGACGGGUGAGGAGAGACUAAAAGCGCCUAUCGUUGGUUAUGAAAUCAUGGAGCAAAGAGCAAAAUUCACGGUCUUUAAAAUACACGUACGGAGAUCUGACAGAGAUAAUUGGCUAAUCUUCCGCAGGUAUACAGACUUUGUGAGAGUCAAUGACAAGUUGAGGGAACUUUUCCCGAUAUUUCGCCUGUCUCUGCCCCCCAAGAGAUGGUUCGGCAGCAAUUUCGACCAGAACUUUCUUGAGGACAGGCAGCUUGGUUUACAAGCUUUCAUUGACAAUAUCAUCGGCCACAAAGAUGUUGUACUGACUGGACCGGUAAGGGAGUUUCUGUGCCUCGAUGAUCCACCAGGUCCUCAUGAUAACAUUGAAGAAAGCAGGGCUCUCUGUGAAUCUCUGGAUGAAACGGUGUAUAAUCUUCGCAAAGAGCUGGCUGAACGAGACAGGAGGAUUUCCCUAUUGAACGCUGAGCUUGAGGAAGCCCAUCAGCACAUUGCACUCCUCAACCAACAUCUACUCAAUGAAAGUAUAAAUGUCACAAAUACAGACACCUCAUCAACUCCAGUGUCCGGUGAAAGCUCAACAAUCGAGGGCGACAUUCAUUCACAAUCAGAGGCAGAUCAGUCUAUGUCACUAACGCAGUCUGAAGAUCAAAGUAACAGACCAAUCUCAAGACACUCUGCAUCGUCACCGCACUCUGCAUCCUCACCACGUACCGCAUCCUCGUUACCACCAAUCACGGAGAUGCGUAGUCAGGUGACAGUCAGAGUUACAACGAGGUCUGAUCAACACCUCGAAUCGGGAGAAGAAGCUGAUGAAGAAUCACUCAGUUCCUGCUCGGAGGUCAUCAAAGUCACAUAGUGCAGAAUGACGUCGCAGGUAAAAGUCACAGCGAUUAAGGCACUAGCUGGUCGCGUUUGGUAAUUGUCAAAGACACAAAUUUGUUUUAUCAUCAAGGAUCUUCUUAUUUAUUAUGGUUUUUACCCAUAUACAACGAUGUCUGUUAGCACUGUAUAUACUCAGUACUUCACCUGAGUUCUGUGAAA